ACGACCUCCCCACUCCUCACCCCUCGCACCUGGGGCCUGCUGCACAGACAGUUUGUCCUGAAAAUUGAUGGCAUGCAGGUGCAGGUGGCAUGGGGGGCGGUGGGGGUGGCAGGUUUUAACUUUGGGAAUUACACUUCUCUAAUUGUCUCUACUAGCCCUCUCUGGACUAGAGAGAUUUUGGAGAGAAUUGCCACAGAAUUUAACCAGUUACAGUUUCAUGCUGUUCAGAGCAAAGGCCUGCCUCUUCUGGACAAAGUAAGACCACGUAUAGCCCACAUUAUGGCCAUGCUGCAGCAGUCCCUGGGAGGCCUGCUGCUAGAAGGGCUUCAGACUUCCAAUGUGGACAUCAUAUGGCACUGCCUCCGGACUUACGCUACAAUUGACAAGACACGGGAUGCAGAGGCGUUAGUCGGUCAAGUACUGGUGAAACCGUACAUGGAUGAGGUUUGUGCCCCCAUACACCUCAUUCCGCAAACACAGAGCAUCUAAUCUGGCUUCGUUUCUUGACUGGGUGCGAGAGAGCUCAGGGCUCUUCCUUGAAGAUGCUCCUAGUUCCUGCUCUUCUGGUUGUAAGAAAAGGUUGGUCCUGCUUGGUGCCCAUCAGCAUGCCAGGAAUCAGGCAUGCGCUCUGGUCUCUUCCAGUGAUGCCAUAGCUCAGGGAUCAUCUUAAUUUAGUAGGGGUGAGGGACUUGCCUAGGAAGAAGGUACGGAUCAGAACAUUUUCAGGUCAAUUUCCAUUUCCCUAAGUUAUACGUCAAUGAAGUUGCCGAAAAGCGUGACCCCACCGAGGCGCCCAUGCCCACUGGAGGAGGUGGAAGACAGCUCUGUGCUCAGGGAAAGUCCGUGAGGGGAGGCAUCUUCGCAGAAUUGAUGUGGCCUAAGUCUUGAAGACCAUGGGGGAGUUUGCCAGGCUAGGAAGGUGGGAGGGAGGGAAUAUUCAAAGAUAAAGGGCUUUUAAGGGCGAGUUAGCAGGGUAGUACCUUAAGUCCAGAACUUGGUUACCCAGUGUUCUUGACCUAGGAGGAUACAGUUAAAUACAGGGAGUCAGUGUAUCUUGCCUCUGAGCGGCCGGAGUAUGGGCUGCACCGUGUGAGUCCGCCAGCACUCAGCAGCUUCCCAUUUAGAGAGCGUCGGUUUCAUCUAGUUCAGGCUGACAGAAGUCAUGAAACCAGUCUCAGCGUUUGAGGGCUUUCUUCCAGUCACCUGCCAGUGCGAGUGUUCUUUCUGUCCGGUAAGCAUAAAGCUACCCACCAUGACUUCAGGAUGAAAGGCUUCCAGUUUUAAAACGGGACAGUAUCCCAGUGAUAGAAGUGAAAUUGAAGGAUUAAUUUCAGUAAUCUUCUCAGCUUCAUUAGGACUACUAAAAGUAAAUGAUCUGUCAGUUCUUUGUAUGUAUCCUAUUAUAGUUCAUAGCUCUCUCUGUGGGGGUGAAAAAGAUCACAUUAUUCUUUGUCACUAAAUGAAAAUAUUUUAGGUAUUUAAUUUAUGCCCUUUUCAUUGACCUGAAUCUAAUACGCUAAAUUAGGGAAGUACUUUAUGCUUCCGUGUCGUUAAAUGAACUAUGGCCACGUUUGUAUUUUAAGUUUGUAUGCUUGUCAUUCACCUCCUGCAACUCAGCCUCACCAAAAAAAUAAAAUACUAAAGCAAAAUAAGAUGUGUUUUCUUCCAUCACUUUCCAUCUCAGCCCUUUCCCUGUUCUGGAGACGGUAGAGGAUAGGCCAGGGUGAAGAUGGUACAGAGCUGUUGUCUGCAGAUACAGUAUUUCGCUUUUAAGCUCAGAAGGGAAGCA